AUGGACUUCCCACCUCCAGUUCCGUGCCAUGCCACAAGUCUUCUGCAAGCCGCUAUGACCGCUAUGAGGUUUGGAUCCCAGUCCAGAGAACAUGGUGGGUAUGGAGAUGGUGGUGUCUCCGGCUGUGCGCAGGGCGCGGGCCGAGAUCCUGCAGGUGCAUCCUGUGAUGCUCUCUGCCAGACCUCGCCUCCACCACGCCGGCACCGGAAAGGGCGUCGGAGAACCACACAGGCUCCGAGAGUGGGCAGCCAAGAGUUCACGCCUGGUGCGCUUCCGCAGGGGAGUUUUGACCGCUGGUUGGGUCAUCCAACUGCGGAACCUUCGGCUGGCUUUCGGCGAAGGGAUGGCAAGGCUCUGCGCAGACGGAUGCUGCCAGAGGUUAAGAUGGAGACACGGCUCACGCGUGGCCAACGCCUGGAGCUGACCAAGGAUACCAAGGAUAUCAAGGAUAUCAAGGUUGGAUGUGAAGAGAAGAGGAAGUGA